AUGGAAGCCGACGAGGCGUACCCACUCCACAAAGCCGCCUUUUUUAACGACACCACCAAAAUCUCGUGUUUGAUUAAGAAAGGAAUGGAUUUGUAUGAGCAGGAUAUGCAUGGGAACACCGCGUUGCACAUUGCGACAAUGCUGGGGCAUCGAGAAGUGAUCGCUCUCCUACUCGCCUACAACGCGCCAGUGAAGCUGAAAAAUGGAGAUGGAUGGAAUUGUGUGAUGGAAGCUGUCAGCUAUGGAGAUCGACAAAUCAUUACCGAAAUGUUGCGUAAGCUGAAAUCCCAACAACGCGAAACUCUUCAAUCCCGAAAACCGCAUAUCGCGAAAGUGCUCAGGGAUAUCGGCGAUUUCUACCUCGAAUUGAAAUGGGAUUUCCAUUCGUGGAUACCACUCCUCUCACGAAUGCUUCCCUCCGAUGUGUGCAAGAUUCACAAGAGAGGCACGAAAUUGAGAAUGGACACGACGCUGGUGGAUUUUAAUGAGAAGUCCUGGGAACGCGGCGACAUCACCUUUCUCUUCGACGCUGAGGCACCCGACCCCCAACAUCAACUCGUCGUUUUGGACAAUAAAUUGAAGGUCUAUCAACGCGUUCGGCACGAGGAGUCCGAGUGCGAGGUCGACGAGGAGGUGGACGUGUUAAUGUCUUCGGAUAUCGUUUCGGCAUCGAUGUCGACAAAACCGAUCACUUUCGUGCAAGCGUUGAGUGGUUGGGUCUUCAGGCACAAUCGCGAGGAACAAAUCGGCGACUAUCGCACGAAUUUUCACGUUGUCGAGGGAAUGGUGUUAGUGACGAGGAAAAGACGUGAACAUCUAACAAUCGAUGAUAUCAAGAAGAAUAAAUCGUUUAUGCAGAGUUUAGCCACCGGGAAUGCGGUUGCUGAUGAGGAUUUUAAGAGUUUACAAUAUCGAAAAUCUUUGCCACCGCCUGGCAGAGCGCCGACAACAUGGGAAGAGUAUUCAGGCGCGGCUCCAGGCUUAGCUCCGCCUCUUGGUCGACCACAAGUCACAAAAUUCAAUCAGAAACAAUUCAAGGCACUCAUCGGAAUGAGCGAGGAUUUUCCAUUGGACACUGAGAUUUUGCUUGACGUACUCGAGAUUUUGGCUCCAUUCAAGCACAUCGACAAAUUGAGGAGAUUUUGCGAGGCACGACUGCCGCCUGGGUUUCCCGUCAGAGUUGAAAUCCCCCUUCUACCCACGAUUUCCGCCAAAGUCACCUUCCAAAAAUUCGCGUUUUGCGAGGAGAUUUCUGAGAAACUCUACCGUAUCCCCGCGUCGUAUCGAGAGGAUAACACCCGUUUCCCCGAUCUC